UGUCCCCCUCUCGCUUAGCAGCCAGUUGUUUCAGUGUAGCAGAUACAUCAAGACAUGCCAUUUUUAGUAUUAAUUCCAAUGUAGGGAUCAAUCUUACUGUGGCUGGACAGUAAGAAAACUGAAUAUUUAGGAAACUGCUGUGAAAGAGGAAACCUAAAUGAUCACUUGAGCAGGUUUUAUUAUGUUCAGGUAGUGGGAAAAUCAGCUGCAGCAGUGUCUCCUUAGACAAUGAUGACUCAGAUUUUUGUCAAUCCAGCUGUAUCAAAAUAAAAAACCUGAUAUAUUAUCAAACGAUAGGACACUAGUUAUCAUUAUUAACAAAAACUGGCCGUGAUUUUAUGUCACUUUAUUUAUUAAGGAAGUAUUUCUGUAGCAGAGGACGAGGGAACCAUGUCUGCUUUGUGUACACUGAGCAACACAGCACAAACUGCUAAGGCUGUAAAAAGUCACCUCCUUUGGUGGGACAAAAAGCCCUUCGCAGGACUUUAACCUGCUCCUCGCUUUGCCAGAUAACGCACUAAUUUAAUAUAUCUCAAUUAUUUUGAAAGAGGUAAAGGAUUUUGGACAAAGGAGCUAAUUUCCAAUCCAUAUGCAGUGCUCGAGAUGAGCCUGUGUUACUUCCUCCUCUUUGAAAUCAAAUUGCGACUAAAAUAUCAAUUUAAAUCCACGAUUUUCAGCUCAGAUUAAGAGAAGACCCUUUAAAGAAUAUUAAUUAAUUACUCUGGAAAUCUAGUUCCCCACAUCGCGGUUUUUAUUUAGAAGGAAAAACAAAAGUUUCUGUCUCCCGAGGUCUGUUCAGGUCCAGGACUCGGUGUUUAUCGCCUCUUUUUUAGCUCACCCGUUGCCUCUUCGAAAGGAAACUUGGCCGAGGGGAACAAGAGUCUUUCUUUUCCACGCCGCUGCGAACCGGGGGGGGGUCGGUGGCGGAAAUUCUGAUAAAAACAGCCGUUUUUGGCUCCUAAGAAACACAAAAUGAGCGGCGAGAAGGGACCUUUCUGCCGUGCAGCGGGGCGGGCUCUGCAAAGCACCAAUCACCGCGCGGCUCCGCUCUAUAAAUACGAGGCGGCCGACUUGCUCCAGGCCCAGUGAUUUCCCUGGAUCGUGGACGAAGGCCGACACAAUGUCGGAGACCGCGCCUGUUGCCGCUCCCGCAGUCUCUGCUCCCGGCGCCAAGGCCGCCGCCAAGAAGCCGAAGAAGGCGGCGAGCGGCUCCAAAGCCCGCAAGCCCGCGGGGCCCAGCGUCACCGAGCUCAUCACCAAGGCCGUGUCCGCCUCCAAGGAGCGCAAGGGGCUCUCCCUCGCCGCGCUCAAGAAGGCGCUGGCCGCCGGCGGCUACGAUGUGGAGAAGAACAACAGCCGCAUCAAGCUGGGGCUCAAGAGCCUCGUCAGCAAGGGCACCCUGGUGCAGACCAAGGGCACCGGCGCCUCCGGCUCUUUCAAGCUGAACAAGAAGCCCGGCGAGACAAAAGAAAAAGCAACGAAGAAAAAGCCGGCGGCCAAGCCCAAGAAGCCGGCGGCUAAGAAGCCCGCCAGCGCUGCCAAGAAGCCCAAGAAGGCGGCGGCGGUGAAGAAGAGCCCCAAGAAGGCGAAGAAGCCGGCGGCUGCAGCUGCCAAGAAAGCGGCCAAGAGCCCCAAGAAAGCCGCAAAGGCAGGCCGCCCCAAGAAGGCAGCGAAGAGCCCGGCUAAGGCGAAGGCGGUGAAGCCCAAGGCAGCCAAGCCCAAGGCGGCCAAACCCAAAGCGGCCAAGGCAAAGAAGGCGGCGCCCAAAAAGAAGUAAGAUGACCGAGAGAAAUUGAGAGUCUACUCAUUUAAAUAAACCCAAAGGCUCUUUUAAGAGCCACCCACUUGCUCUCAAAAAGAGCUGAAACACUACGGUUGUACUCAGCCCAAAUCACUUAAGCGAUUUCGGUAGGGGAGUUUACACGGUGUUAAUAAAGUUCAGAUUUUUGGGUACGCGAGCGUUCGGUAACGCCCGCGUGGGA